AUGGCAGAGUGUCGUCUAUCUCCUGGGUCGAAUGGGAAUGGCAGAGUGUCGUCUAUCUCCUCGGUCGAAUGGGAAUGGCAGGGAAUGGCAGAGUGUCGUCUAUCUCCUCGGUCGAAUGGGAAUGGCAGGGAAUGGCAGAGUGUCGUCUAUCUCCCCUCGGUCGAAUGGGAAUGGCAGAGUGUCGUCUAUCUCCCCUCGGUCGAAUGGGAAUGGCAGAGUGUCGUCUAUCUCCCCUCGGUCGAAUGGGAAUGGCAGAGUGUCGUCUAUCUCCCCUCGGUCGAAUGGGAAUGUGUUGUGUUUCUGUCGUUGGGGGGGGGAAGGCGGAGGAGACGGGAUGAGGAAUAGAUAAGGCGGUUUGGUUGGUGGUCCCUGAGAAAGGAGGUCACUCUGGUAGGUUUGGGAGCAAGUGUGGUGGUAGUGUGGCGUGGUGGGGUGGGUGUUUAGUGGUAGGGGUAGUGGGACUGUAGGUUAGUUGGUCGGUUGGUUGGUUGGUUGGUUGGCUGGAUGCGU